AUGCAAUCUUCAGAGGUCAAGGCUAUAUCACAUGUAAUAGCAUCCUUCUUUGCUCUUGGCCAGACUAUUCACACACUUCCCAAGCAAGCGCCGGCCAAGUCGGCGCUCUGGAUCUUCUCUCUCGUUUCUCUAGGACCAUACCUUGCCAACAUCUUCGCUAUCAACUCCGCAAAAUCGUCACAAAUCAUUCACUACCGCCGACAUCCCGUCGAAAUAUUGAUGCGCAGUGACAGAAGCGACUUUGAAGACCUGCUUGAGAGACAAUCCAAAAACUAUACGGCUGCCCAUGAUGAAUAUCAGCGUCGAUAUAACAUUGAGCCACCGCCGGGCUUCAAAGCGUGGUAUGAGUUUGCGAAACUGCAUGAGUCGCCCAUUAUCGAUGAGUUUGACAUGAUCUUUGAUGCCAUUGCCCCAUUCUGGAGACUAAGUGGUAAAGAGGUCCUUGAAGUCAUGGGUCGUGCUCGAAAUACGCCAGAUAGCGAGCUCUGGCUCUGUACCUUCUAUGGCACCCAGGCCAAGUCUCAAUGCCAUCACCCCACUCGCGCUUUCGAUAGACACAUCCAACUCUUAUUCGACACCCUAUUAAAGGAUUUACCUGGUGUUAUUCCAGACGUCAAGUUUCUUGUUAAUCAUCUUGAUGAGCCGAGAGUUAUAAUUCCUCCACCGUCUGCGGAAGGAGUCUCCCAUGGAAGUAUAGAACUCAAUUUAACCAACCUGUCGAGACAAAAUGUUGGAGUGGAAACAUAUGGUCUCCCUUUUGUCACCAAUCGCUCAGACCAUAUGGAUCCUUGCAACCAUUUUGAAUACAGCUCUACGAAUGGCCUCUUCAUGAGCCCUACGUCCUUUCGCCUGUUUGAAGGUUUAGUGCCGAUACUGUCAACAGGCUCGCCGCAGAUGAUGGGCGACAUAUUAUACCCUAGCGCAGCUUAUAUCGAGUCCGAAUUUCAAUACGACGACGCACGCGACGUUGAAUGGGAUAAGAAGCGAAAUAACCUCUACUGGGCCGGCUCCACAACUGGUGCAUUUGUAGCAAAUGACGACUGGUAUCGCUACCACCGGCAAAGAUUCGUCACGCUGGCUCAGAAUUUGGAAACAAGGGGGCAUUAUUAUAUACGAGAAAAUGGCGAUGUGCUUCACAGUAUAAAAUCAUCAUUCCUCAACAGCAGGCUAUACGACGUUGCCUUCACCAAAAUAUUCCAAUGCGAGACGAAAUACUGCAGAGAGCAGCGUGCGUAUUUCCCUCGUAAGCCCUGGGCAGACAAGGACAAAGCAUUCCGAUCGCAGCUCGUGUUCGACAUUGAUGGGAAUGCCAUUAGCGGCCGCUACUACAAAUUAUUAGCCUCAAAGUCUGCCCCGUUAAAACAGACGCUGUUGCGGGAAUGGCAUGAUGAGCGUCUAAUGCCGUGGGUUCAUUACAUACCCGUCAGCCAGAGCAUGGGCGAACUCCCCGAGAAGACACGCCGACUGCCGGUGGCCGUCGCCUUAGUCGUCGUCAUAUGGAGCGUCACCGAGGUUCUCUGGGUCCAGCGUGCCCUUGUCCGUCAACUCAACACUGAGCCUGUCAACGCCAUCGGUCGGGACAAUGUCUUUGUCAGUCUUCAGGAAAGCGGAAGCUGGGAUGAUUCCAAGGACCAGUUACGCCACUUAGAUGCAUUACUCGCUGAGAAUGAUGUUCCCAGGAGAAUUAUCCUAGAUGACACGACACAUCUUGAUGAAAUCAGCAAGCCUCCUGUAAGUAGCGGAUGGAUCAAAGCGCCUAGUGGCCAGACUGAGCUACGCCGAAUACCUUACCUUGCCAAAUUGCGCAACUCAGUGAUGGAACCGCUAUAUGAAAGGAAGAAGGAGGGAAUUGUCUACGAUAAGGUCCUGUUUUUAAACGAUGUGGUCUUCAAUACUUUGGACAUUCGCAGACUGCUCUCAACUCGAGCAGGCAAUUAUGCGGCAGCAUGUUCGCUGGACUUUUCAAAACCGCCUAAUUUCUAUGAUACCUUUGCUCUUCGGGAUUCCGAAGGCCACGACCAACUUAUGCAAACUUGGCCCUAUUUCAGAUCACGAACAUCUCGUCAUGCUUUAAAGAACAGCCAGCCUAUCCCUGUUAAGAGCUGUUGGAAUGGAGUAGUGGCGAUGGAUUCUGCUCCUUUCUACCAAAAUCCGCCCUUGAAAUUUCGCGGUAUCUCCGACAGUCUUGCCAAGUUGCACCUAGAGGGAUCGGAAUGUUGCUUGAUUCAUGCAGAUAAUCCGCUGUCCAAAAAUAAGGGAGUCUGGCUCAAUCCGAAUGUGCGAGUAGGGUACAGUACCCCUGCAUACACAGCAGUUAACCCUGAAAAGAAAUUAUGGCUAUCAACCCUUGCCAUAGCUGGUGGCCUAUGGGAAAACCGGCUCCUGCGCUGGAUUACUACGUCGUGGUUUACAGAACAUACGGUAAGAGGACGGCUAUUCCAACAUCAAGCACAAGUCCCCGGAAAUACGGAGACUGGAUCCUUCUGUCUGAUCAACGAAAUGCAAGUACUUGUGGCCAAUGGAUGGGCCCAUCGUUAA